AUGUCGACCGAGCAACUACCCACUCCCAAGACGUUUCAUAUUGGCGGCAUUGCGGCCCACGUCUACGGCCUGUCCUCUCCCCUGCUUCGCAACACCUCGUCCGGCGUUCCUGACACCGCUGAGGGUGUGACGGUGCUGUUUUUCCUUCAUGGUCGGUUUGGACAUUCGCUCGAACCACGCUACGUCAAGCCCAUACAGUCGUUUCUCGAGGCUGCUGAGCGAGCGGGGAAGAAGCUCGUCGUCAUCGCCUUCGACCAACGGAACCAUGGGCAGAGGACCGUUGACAAGGAUCGGAACAAGGGAUGGAAGGACGAUGGAACGAAGGUUGGAGAAUCGAACAACGAAAGCCAUGCGGGGGACAUGAUCGCGAUUCAGCGUCAGUUCACCUCCUUGGGCCUGGCUCCGGAGCUGCCCCGGAUCAAAAGCUUUCGGUCCGGGACCUUUGCUGCCGUGCCCAAUGCUCACUGACCUCAUGCGGACCAACGGUGUCGUUCAUCAACCCGGCUUCCAGUGGGAACUGCUCGAGAUGUUUCCUUUUUGAUCGACUUCGCUGAGAUCUCGGUCUGGCCUCGAGGGGAGCAACGAGUGGCCCAAUGGUGGUGCGCUGGCGUUUCUCUUGGAGGCCACUCAACUUGGCUUGCUUUGGCGCAUGGUAAGUCGACGAAAGGCUGGCUUACUUAUCUGCCGAGCUGACUGUGAAAUCAAUGCACGUUCGUGCACCUGACAGAGCCUCGCAUCACUCUCGGCAUCCCAAUCGUGGGCUCCCCCGACAUGCUGACGCUUUUGACGGCUCGAGCUCGGUCACUCGACCUGGCUAUUGAGGCUCCGCAUUUCCCCAGCCGACUCCUUGAGCUUUGGCAACGAUUGGAUCCUAUCCAUGCCCCUCCCAAAGCUUACGAAGGCAAAAGAAUACUCAUCUUGAGCGGAGCUGAGGACGAAUUGGUCAACUUUGUGAAGGGAGGGACCGACGACUUUGUUAGCUCAAAACUGAACAAGGCCGUGGGGAAAAACGGCUGCGUGCAAGUAUGGGUGCAGGAGAAGACUGGGCACACCUACUCUCAAGAGAUGAUCGAGAGGACGUGCCGGUUUUUGGUAGAGACAGGCUGGGACUUGUCCGCAGCAGCGCAGGGGCAAAGUCUGACUUGA